GUAAAACCAGGCUGCUGGCAAAAGCGGCCGGGCUGCGACUUCAAGGCCGUUUGCUGAGCAUGCUCCAAGCUCCACCCGCUGCGCCGCAAGAGGAACUGCGCGGAAAAGCGAGAAAGCACGAAGCAUGCGUGCGGGGGCCGGCUUGGGUCGGCUGCUGUGGCUGCCUUGGGCUGUUCAGCGCCACCGCUCUUCGUGCAGGAGAGGGACGCCGGCGCUGCUUCUACAGCCGUGGUUACUGAUCUGCCGCUCGCACGGCGGCCUCAUGGCUCAGUACGGCACGGAGCAGCGGGGGCAACUCCACUCGCCCGAUUUCCGCCUUUACUUUAAGAAUUCAAAGGGAAAAUACAUUUCCCCAUUCCAUGACAUUCCUCUGUUUGCUGGAUCAAAUGAGGAUAAGGAGAUUCCUGCAAAGAGAUCGAAGAACAGUGAAAGUGAGGUUGUACUUAACAUGGUUGUAGAAGUGCCUCGCUGGACGAAUGCUAAAAUGGAGAUUGCCACAAAGGAGCCAUUGAAUCCCAUUAAGCAAGAUGUAAAGCACGGCAAGCUGCGAUACGUGGCAAAUAUAUUUCCCCAUAAGGGCUAUAUUUGGAAUUACGGGGCCUUCCCUCAGACUUGGGAAGAUCCCAAUCACAAAGAUGAUAGCACAGGGUGCCAUGGUGACAACGAUCCCAUUGACGUCUGCGAAAUUGGUUCCCAGGUUCGAACGCUCGGUGAGGUGGUUCCGGUGAAGGUCCUUGGAGUUCUUGGUCUUAUUGAUGAAGGAGAAACUGACUGGAAGGUCCUUGCUCUCAGUGUGGAUGACCCAGAAUCACAGAAGAUUCAUAAUAUUGAUGAUGUCCGGAAGUUCAAGCCAGGUUAUCUUGAAGCUACGGUUGACUGGUUCAGAUUAUAUAAAGUUCCUGAUGGGAAACCAGAAAACCAGUUUGCUUUUAAUGGCACUUUUAAAGACAAGGCAUUUGCUUUUGAAAUCAUUCAAUCCACCCAUGAGUAUUGGAAGGCUUUGCUUCACAAAAAGGCUGAUGGAGGUGCCAUAAAAUGCACCAACACCCAGCUGGAUACCAGUCCAUAUUGCUGCAACGGCGAGGAAGUCCAAGCUAUUGUGCAGUCCGUUCCAUCCCCUGCAGAAGACUAUCCUGUUUCCAAAGAAGUUGAUAAGUGGCAUUUUCUCAGGCAGUGAUCAUGAGCGUUCCCUGAAGUCAGUCUGUGCCAUCUAUCUACAUCUAUCUAUCUUCUUUAAACACAUUCAUUUACUCUCUCUCUC